UUGAAAUCCAACCAGCUCAGUAGCAGUCAGCUGUGCAGACGAAAGCUCUUCUCCCGCGUGGAGCUCGAUAACAUACUGAUUAACAGGACAGUAAGAUUUUUAAGAGCUUUUCCUGGAAAACACACUGAAUUAAAGUAGCCGAGAUGACGACAAUGUUCAGAUACCCCGUCUUUCCUCAUCUGCAGGAUCCGUGUGACCCUGGUCUGUCGCUGUCACCGGGGAGGAGUGUCAUGGCGGAGCCCGACUAUUUGGAGGGAGAUUGUGAUGAGCUCAUCAAACCCAAAAAGCUUAUCAACCCAGUCAAGAACUCUCGCAAUCACCAGGACCUGCACCGAGAGCUACUCAUGAACCAGAAGAGGGGUCUGGCUCCUCAGAACAAACCUGAGCUCCAGAAGGUUCUGGAGAAGAGAAAGAGGGAGCAAGUUCUCAAGGCUCAGAAGGAAGAGCAGGAGGCCCACAAGAAGAGGAGCGACCUGGAGAUAGAGCUCAUGAAAAGACAACAGAAACUGGAGCAGCUGGAGCUGGAGCAACAGAAAAUUGAGGAGGAGCAAGAGAACACCCCCGAGUUUGUGAAGAUGAAGAGCAACCUGCGCAGGACCAAGCAAGAGACCGAUGGCGAGGAGCGAACCACCUAAAACCCAGCAGGGGUGUCUGGGUCUGGCUGAUUGUGCGCGUGUUUGUGGGCACAGAGACGUCAGGAGUGUAUGCGCGAAAGAGAGAGUGUGUGGUGGUGACCUGGCCGUGGUCCGAGAUGAACUUCCUGGCUUUCCCAACCUAGCUGUUCCUUCCUGCAGUGAGGAGAGAGACUUUACAGACUAAAGACAACCCCUCUGUCUGCCUGCCACGGACUGCCAGUACUCACCUCUGCUCCUCACACACAUCCAGCCGCACACAGCACCCCCCGCAGGAGGGACCUAACACAGACAUGUUACACGCCUUUCAACGAGGGCAAGCAAGCUUCCAAUGAGCUCUGAUGGAGAAACAACCAAACACACACACACACACGCACACACACACACACUUCAUCCCCUCUGUUUUCACUCCUCUCUCCACAGCAAGCUGUCGUUUCUCUUUACUGUUAUCAAUGUUGUUAUCGUUUUGGGGUUUCUUGUUUUUUUGUUCUUUUCUUCAGAAACAAAAAAGGAAAAGUGGACACUGGAUGGACUCUUGAAGCUGUGUAAUGUAAAAGCCAAACAAAAUGUGCAUUUGUUAUUUAUGUUCGUAGCUUUUAGCCCAGAUAUAUGGGAGGACACUUUUAGUCGUUCUGUAUUUUAGUUUGUUUUACAGCAUAGUUUAAUGAAGCCAGAACAGGACAAAGGGAGUGUAUGAUCGUGUGAAACACUCAAGUUUGCUUAAUUAUUUUUUUUAUUAUAAACAUGCCAUUUCCUCAGCUAAUGCAAUUUUGAGCAAUAGUAGAACUCCCAGGCAUGAGAGUGACCUUUUCUUUAUAUACUCUGUUGUUUUGUAUGAAUAAAACUGUUACUUAAUAAAUAAUUUAAGUUUUUGUUAGGUUGGUCCAAACGAAAAAUCCCUAGGCUCUGUCUGAUCAGUCUUUGUGUGCUUUUAUGAUCAAAGGACUUGGCAGAAAGUGAACACCGGAUGGCCACCUGUCAUAAAAAGAUAAAAUUCAUUGGUAGUUCAUGGCUCCUGAUACAACUCUGAUAAGCGUCCUGGAACUUCAUCAAUGCAGUAUUUUUUUCCUUUAGUUACAAUGGAGCCAUAGAUGUGCAGGCAGAUCAUUUAAAUCGGGAAAUCUGAAUUAAAGUGGCCAUCUGCAAAACAACCAGCAUAUGUUGCCAUCACCAUACACAAAAUUCCAAAAUGGUUGCUUAAUGUGAGAAACUGUGAUAACUCUGGAUCUUAAUGUGUACAUGUAGUGAUUAAAUACCACUAAAUAAUAUUAUUGAUAUAAAAUUCUUGUUUAUGGGUCUCCAAGAGAUGAUAGCUGUUAUUCCCAUGAAAAGAAGCAAAUUUCUUACAACGUAACCCUGUGUUUUUCUCCAGAAUCUUAUUUUAAAUAAACGUAAUUCUAACACGUACCAUCA